UAAAACAAUCUCAUUGCUCACGACGGCGCUACAGGUUUUCUCCUCAUCUUCGGUACCGCAUUCGUCCGCUGCCAGACUGCCGUUUCCUUUUUGCAGCUGAAAUGAAGACUCGGUACACGUAACUUUGUGCACGGGUCUCUCCAUCAGUUUUUGCACAUCUGAAUCUUUUGCCUAUAAAAACUAAAGUAUUUUUUUUUUACUGUGUUGAAGUGGAAACGAACAAAAUCGGAACCGGCUGAAUUCUGACACAUCACGGAAUGAAAUCAAACGAAACUAGCAGCAAAAGAGGACUUUGGAUGAAGCUCUGUAACGAAUGAAUUAGGGCUGUAAACAGGCGGAGGAACUCCUUCAACUGCCUUACCUCUGCACAUUCCGCACCACCACUAGUGGUCAGCUCGUGUUCUGCUAGUCCGCAGUGAUUUCCUUUGUCUUAAAGGACAAGUAGGUGUCAUCAGGACAGUGCUCAAACACUUUCAAAUCUAAACAUGGUGGAGACUUUUGAUUUGUCAUGGCUUGAUUAUGGAGAAGGACUGAACUCAACUGAGAACGUCACUGACUACAACUCAACUGACUGGAACACAGAUGAAGGGAGUCAUUUGAAGCUCCAAGCUAAGCAUAUCCUUAUUGUGUUCUUAUACACUCUGAUUAUAGUGUUGGGAGUCCCGGGCAAUGCUAUAGUCAUUUGGAUUACAGGAUUUAAAAUGAAGCGCUCUGUCAAUUCAGUCUGGUUCUUAAAUCUGGCUUGUGCUGACCUCCUUUGCUGCCUCAGCCUCCCUUUUAUGAUGUAUACAAUCAUUCAUGACCACCAUUGGCCCUUUGGAUUGCACAUGUGCAGGGCGGUCCCUGGCUUCAUUCUCAUUAACAUGUUCUGCAGCAUCUUUUUGCUUGCUGUCAUCAGCUUGGACCGUCUAAUCCUAGUAGCCAAACCUGUAUGGUGUCAGAACAACCGGAACGCCCGCCGUGCCAGUGUGACAUGUAUUCUGGUCUGGAUACUGUCACUGCUCCUCAGCCUUCCAGUAUUUAUUCACCGUAGAGAAAUCAAAGAUAGCCUUAGUGACAAGAUCAUCUGUGAUCCUGGCUUCAGCAACUUUGGUCACAAUGCCCAGGCCAUAGAGCUUGGGAUGAGAAUCUAUCAGUUCCUGGUGGGCUUCCUCUUCCCAUUUGGUUCCAUCACAGUUUGUCAUUUCUUCAUAUUUCGACGAGUGAGUCAGAAUGGCCGAGGAUUCGGUAACAGGACAAAGAAAACAGUGCGAGUGAUCUGUGCAGUGAUUGUCACCUUUUUUGUUUGCUGGCUGCCAUAUCACAUCAUGAGUCUCCUGAUUGCAGCCACCCCUUCCACCUCCCCAUGGCACUUCCACCUGCUACACAUUGACUUGUUUGCGCUCACUCUGGCCUACUUCAACAGCUGCCUCAACCCCCUGCUGUAUGUGUGCAUGGGCCAGGACUUCAAGGAGCGCAUGCGCAAGUCCCUGAAGAGCGUCAUGGAGAACUUCAUGAACGAUGAAGUGCCUUCUCAUUCUGUGGCCACCUUCACCACCAAGUCCUCCUCAAUAAGUGAUCAAUCAACUCAUAUCUGAUGGAGAAGAAAAAGAUUGAGGGACAGAGGCAUCAACUGCCAUUUAUAUGGAGGGAUGAAGUGCACCAUCAGCCAAUGCAUAUGUCCUUCAUGUACAUAGUGACUUAGCAUUGUUUGCCAUAAGUGCUGCCAUGAGACUAAUUGGGGCUGACAAGAUGAGGGAUGUUUUUUCCAAAACAGAAUAAAGACUGCAUUGCUUUCAUUUUCCUCAGAUGCUUCACUUUGAAAUCAUGCCAGCCAAAUACAUGAACAGCGCGUACCAAACAUAUGAAGAUUUGUGUCACAUUCUGCUUUUAAGACAUAAAGGGCGUGAAGCAUCGCAAUGAGUAAAACUAUGUGGCUGACAUCUGAAUGAAGCUCCUGCUUUUCAUAAAUUACUUUUCCAUUUUAUGAUUUUUUUUUUAAUAAUGAAAAAAGAAUAACUAGAUAAACGUGAGGCGUAUCAAAUUCUACGUUGAUGUCGAUCAAGCUGGGAUCUGAACCCGGAUUUGUUGGGUUGAAUGGCCUGUUCUAAUUAAAUUAACGUUCUAUAGAGUAAUGGGGCAGAAUAAUGGCGUCAGGACUGGGGCAAUCUACCUCUUUAACUAAUCAUGAAAUAUCUUGUACUAAUAUUUUGUACGUCUCUUGUACAACGUGUGUCUGAUUUGUAUUAUACACGUGCUGAUUGAUAUGUUAGUCUUUACUGAGAGAUAAUCCAAUAAAGAAGAAAGACCUCCUUUAGA